AGUUAGAGUUUUCAAGUGGGAGCGAGUCGGGAUGACACGGGGCUGAGUAUUUGUGGAUAUAUUCGCCUGAUUUUUGGAUUUACGAACAGCGUUUUUUUAACCGUAAUUUGGUGCAGAGGAGACUUUUCACAGACCUUGUUCACUUUGUGGAAGCCUUCAGAUUUCAAAUCAUGCCAUCCAAAACGGCAAAGAGCUCAACUGCCGCCGCUAAGCCAAGAGGGAAAGGGUCGCAGCCUCGGGAUGACUCGGAGGACGAGCCUGAUGUAGUAGCCCCUCAACAAACCAAGUCUAAUGGCAGAGAGGAGGCACCGCAGACGACAACUGAUCCGUCUCACGGAGAGGCUGCCGAGGCGGUUGAUAACCGAAGUUUGGAGGAGAUUCUCGGCAGCAUCCCUCCACCCCCGCCCCCAGCAAUGACCAAUGAACCGGGCGCUCCUCGCCUCAUGAUUACACAUUUAGUCAAUCGCAACUUUAAAUCGUACGCAGGCGAGCAGAUACUGGGGCCUUUUCACAAGCGCUUUUCCUGCAUCAUUGGUCCAAAUGGAAGUGGGAAGUCCAAUGUGAUAGAUUCAAUGCUGUUUGUGUUUGGAUACAGAGCUCAAAAGAUCAGAUCAAAAAAGCUCUCAGUGCUGAUUCACAGCUCUGAUAAACACAAAGAUGUCCAAAGCUGCACUGUGGAGGUGCAUUUUCAAAAGAUCAUUGACAAGGAAGGAGAUGACUACGAAGUUAUUCCCAACAGCAAGUUCUAUGUUUCCAGGACUGCCAACAAAGACAAUUCCUCAGCCUACUAUAUUGAUGGCAAGAAAGCCACAUUCAAAGAAGUGGGUGCCUUACUCCGAAGCCAUGGUAUUGACCUAGACCACAACAGAUUUCUGAUCUUACAGGGUGAGGUGGAGCAGAUUGCCAUGAUGAAGGCUAAAGGUCAGACAGAGCAUGAUGAGGGCAUGCUGGAGUACCUGGAGGAUAUCAUCGGCUCCUGUCGCCUAAAGGAGCCCAUCCACACACUGGCCCGUCGCAUUGAGCUACUGAAUGAGCAGAGGGGAGAGAAGCUAAACCGAGUAAAGCUUGUGGAAAAGGAGAAAAAUGCUUUGGAAGGUGAAAGGAACAAAGCUGUGGAGUUCCUCACCCUGGAGAAUGACAUUUUUAAACACAAGAGUCAUCUUUGCCAAUAUUAUGUUCACGAUCUACAGAAGCGUGUGGUGGAUAAAGAGCAGGAAAAGCAGAAGAUAUUGGAGGACACCAAGGAACUCACGGAGAAAACUACAAAGAUCUCACAGGAGAUGGAGAAAAUGAACGAAGAGCUCAAAAAUGUGGAGAAGAAACAAAAUAAGCUCAACAAGUACAUUGAGACCCAGAAGCAGAAGUUCACCCAGCUGGACCUGCAGGAUGUUGAAGUGCGUGAGAAGAUUAAACACUCCAAGAGCAAGAACAAGGAACUGCAGAAGCAGCUGGAAAAGGACAAAGAAAAGCUGGAGAAAGUGCGCAGUGUACCAGCCAACAGUGAAAAGGCCAUCUCUGAUGCAACAGUUCGCAAGGAAGAGCUGGAGAAGCAGAAGGUAAAAGAGGAGGACAAACUUAAGGAGGUCAUGGAGAGUCUGAAAGAAGAGACCAGUGGCUUGCAGCAGGACAAAGAGACCAAAGAGAAAGAGCUGAUGGAGCUCAGCAAGGCUGUAAAUGAAACCCGUUCCCGUAUGGACCUGGCUCAGUCGGAGCUUGACAUCUACCUGAGCCGUCACAACACAGCUUUGACGCAGCUUAACACAGCCAAACAAACGCUUCAAACGACCUCAGACACUCUGCGAGAGCGCCGCGCCGCCAUCAAAGAUUUAGAAGUCAAAAUACCACAGACAGAACAGGAACUCAAGAAGGAUGAAGCGGAGCUCGAGCAGCUGAUGAAGGUCGAUAACAGCACCAGAGAAGUAGUGAGGGAAAUGAGGCAGAAGGUGGAUGAAGCCAAGAGUUCUCUGUCCUCCAACCGCAGUCGAGGAAAGGUCCUGGAUGCCCUCAUGCAGCAGAAGAAGAGGGGCACAAUCCCUGGCAUCUUGGGAAGAUUGGGAGAUCUUGGUGCCAUCGAUGAGAAGUAUGACGUGGCCAUUUCCUCGAGUUGUGGUGCUCUGGAUAACAUUGUGGUGGAUACAAUUGACACGGCUCAGAAAUGUGUAACGUUCCUCAAAGAACAGAACAUCGGGGUUGCCACCUUCAUUGGUCUGGACAAGAUGAAGGUGUGGGAAAAGAACAUAGCUCCCAUUAAUACUCCAGAGAACUGCCCUCGUCUCUUUGACAUGGUGCGAGUGAAAGAUCAGAGUGUGCUGCCAGCUUUCUACUUUGCCCUGAGGGACACCCUGGUGGCCCAGGACAUGGAGCAGGCUACACGAAUGGCCUUCCAGAGAGAAAAGCGCUGGAGAGUGGUCACCCUGAAGGGACAGAUCAUUGAGAUGGCUGGUACUAUGACUGGAGGAGGAAGAGCGUUGAAGGGCAGAAUGGGCUCUUCUAUUGGCACCGAGGUCUCCCAACAGGAGCUCGAUCGUAUGGAGAACAAGCUGAAUGAGAAAGUGAUGAAGCUUCAGGGCUGCCAGGAGAGGAAGCUGCAGCUGGAGGAGAACAUCCAGCGCCUGCGGCCACAGCUCCGAGACAUGAAGAACACUCUGGAAAAAUACGCCAACAGCAUGACUAGUCUUGCUGAACAGGAAACUCACUUGAAAAUUCAGAUCAAGGAACUUGAGGCUAACGUGCUGGCAGCUGCUCCAGACAAGGCCAAACGGAAGCAGAUGGAGAAGAGCCUGGAGGCCUUCAAAAAAGACUAUGAGGCAGCAUCCAAUAAGGCUGGGAAGGUGGAAAACGAGGUAAAGAGACUCCACAACCUGAUUGUCGAAAUCAACAGCCACAAGCUGAAGGCUCAGCAGGACAAGCUAGACAAGGUCAACAAGGAGCUGGACGACUGCUCGUCCACCAUAACCAAGGCCAAAGUAGCCAUAAAGACAGCUGACCGUAACCUUAAGAAGUGUGAGGAGAGUGUGGACCGUGUGAAGCUUGAGCAGGAGGAGAAUGACAAGUCGAUGGCUGAGCUCACAGAACAACUGAAGAAACUUGAGGAUGAGGCUGGAGAAAUUAUGAAAGCCUGUCAAGAGGCCGAGGCUGCACUUCCAGAGGUGCAGGAGCAAUAUCAGGGCGUGUUGAAGGACAUAAAGGUGCUGCAGCAGCAGGAGCACGCCAUGCAGGAGGAGUCACUCAGCGUCCGGCUCCGCAUCGAGCAGAUCGAGACCAACAUCACUGAACACAACAACAAGAUUAAGUACUGGCACAAAGAGGCCGGUAAGUUGUCCCUUCAUUCCAUUGAAGACAAACCAGCAGAGGAACUCCGUGUUUUCACUGCUGCUGAACUUGAAGACAUUCCUGAUGCCAGUGUCAUUAUCAACAAGAUAACCAUGUUAGAGACCCCGUGUGCUCAGAUGAAGCCCAAUCUUGGAGCCAUCGCCGAGUAUAAGAAGAAGGAGGAGCUGUACCUGCAGCGUGUCGCUCAGCUGGACGAGAUCACCACAGAGAGAGACAAUUUCAAGCGUGGUUAUGAGGACCUGCGCAAACAGCGCCUCAACGAGUUCAUGACUGGGUUCAACAUGAUCACUAACAAACUGAAGGAAAACUACCAGAUGCUUACACUGGGUGGCGACGCCGAGCUGGAGCUGGUAGACAGUUUAGACCCUUUCUCUGAGGGCAUCAACUUCAGUGUUCGUCCUCCAAAGAAGAGUUGGAAGAAGAUCUUUAAUCUGUCCGGAGGAGAGAAAACACUCAGUUCUUUGGCUCUGGUGUUUGCUCUGCACCACUACAAACCUACGCCUCUGUACUUCAUGGACGAGAUAGAUGCUGCUCUUGAUUUCAAGAACGUGUCCAUUGUGGCCUGUUACAUUUAUGAGCAAACAAAGAACGCUCAGUUCAUCAUCAUCUCUCUGAGGAACAACAUGUUUGAGAUCGCUGAUCGGCUCAUCGGCAUCUACAAGACUCACAACACCACAAAGAGUGUGGGAAUCAACCCCAAAACCAUCGUGUUCAAAGAGCAUGGCGCUGUCACUGCUUAAAUCUGAUUAAUCUUUGCUGUCUUUUAUUUUCCUUUUCACACACAUGUAAAUAUGUCUGUAUCUUUAUCUUUUACAAAGGAAAUGCUGCUAUCAUUUUACUGUCUGACUCAAUAAAUGUUUUCUAUUAAGAUA